AUGGGACCCAACCGUACCGAGGAUAUCGAGGAUCUGCGCAAGCCCGAGCCGGAGGAAGACUGGGUUGCGAUCCAUCAGGAAGCCGUGGAGAGAGGAGAGCUUACGUACACAGACCCCAAGACUGGCUACUCUGUUUUUACCGAGCUGAGCCACAAGCAGCGAGGAUACUGCUGCGGAAACCGAUGCAGACACUGUCCCUUCGACCACUCCAACGUCGAUAAUCCCGCGAAACUCAAGGAGGACACUCGAAAUGCCCGGCUUGCCAAGCAGCGGCAGCGACAACAAACUGCCUCGGACUCCUCCGAGUCAUCGUGAGGCGCCAGAGUCGGCCGCCCUGGUGAUCUCCGCUCGGCCAGCUUGGUGAAGCAAGUCAAUCUGGCGGCUCAAUGCGGGCCCGUGUGCUCAAAGCCGAAGCGGAACUGGAGAGCGUCUGUUGGAAUAUACGACCUA